UUAAAAAACCUCCCGCGAACGAAACUUUUACGCAGAAACCCCGUCGGUCCACCUUAAGCGCACACGCAAACGCAGGAGGCGUACAGCGAGGUUUCCGCUUCUCUGGGGCUCGGACCGCGGCUCGCGAAAGCCUCCGUGUGUAACGUUCAAGCCUGACGCACCGAAGCACGAGAACGAGGCGAGACGCGAACGCGCGAGCGCAGGAGGGAGAAAAAAAAUGUCUGAACCCAAGUACCGCGAGUGGAUUCUGGACACUAUCGACUCGCUGCGGUCUCGGAAAGCCCGGCCGGACUUGGAAAGGAUUUGCCGAAUGGUCCGGAGACGACACGGGUCCGAGCCUGACCGAACCUGUGCAGAACUAGAGAAACUAAUCCAGGAACAAACCGUGCUGAAAGUUAACUACAAGGGCUCUAUUUCCUACCGAAACGCCGCUAAGGUCCAGCGGCGGAGCAGAAAAAAGGACGAUGCUUCGUUAACAACGGCUGCGAGGAGGAGCGCGGUGGAAGAAGCCAGUCAUUCCGACCUGAGCAACGGGGACAGCGCUUUCGGUACCGUGGACCAGGACGACGAGGAUUUGGAGGCGGACACUUCCAUGGCUAUGGACACAGACAGUAAUCCAGAUGAGGAGGGGGCCGAGGAGAGCCAGGACGGCCAAGACAAAUCCUCUCCCAGCCGCACUCCCGAGGAGCCCCCCGUGCACCGCGCGCCCGCGCAGGCGGCGUCUGCCCCCUGCUCCCCCUCCGGCACCCGCCCUGGCCCCGCGUGCAGCUCGGGUCAGGACUAUGCCACUUUCCAGAAGGCCAGCCAGAGGCCCAACUCCUUGCCCCCCUCCAGCCCCAGGGCCCUCGCUCACAAUGACUGGGCUUAUGAUCCUGCAGCGUGCCCAGUGGAGCGCCAGCACCCAGGAAUGCAGAGAGACAAAGAAAUGAAGCCAGUGGUCAACGCCGGAACUACCACCCCCUGUGACUUAAACAACGUCAAGAAAAACGACGGAGACAAGUUAGAGGACGGCGGGCUCUCGUCCGACCAGCUGGUACCGGACUCUGCAGCGAGACCGGAUGAGAUCAGAACCGUCUCUGAUGGAAGACCACAAACAUUAUCUCUGCCGUCCGAGAACUGCACAUUUAAGAAGAUAGACAUAUCCCUCAAACCAGCUGAAGAUGGUCUUCUAAACGGCACAGGCGAGGAAAUCUCGUUGAAAAAGGAGAAGAUGAGCCAGAACUUGUUGCAGUGGACUGUAGCAGAUGUGGCCAGUUACUUCUCAGCUGCAGGAUUUCCGGAGCAGGCCGUGGCCUUCCGAACACAGGAAAUUGACGGGAAGUCCCUCCUCCUGAUGCAGCGCAGCGACGUGCUGACCGGCCUGUCCAUCCGACUCGGCCCCGCCCUCAAAAUCUACGAGCGACACGUGAAGGUGUUGCAGAGGACCCACUUUCUGGAAUGUGAGAACAUCUGAGGCGGCAGACGGCCGCUGCACUGACUCAAACUUUGAAGCAGUCCCUUUCCUGUCUGGAUUCUACCACCCACAUGCGUUCAUAUGUAGGGGCAGGUGUGGAGGGAGGGAGGGGGUGGGCAGGCUGCGGUGGAAUUCACCUUCACUGUGAGAACGACCAGAAACUAUAAGACUGUCAUCCUACCUCUCAUUGUGGUCUUUGCUUUUUCAAAUGUUUUUUUGAAUUUAACCUCCGUGGCCCCGUUAGUCGGAGGAGAAGCGGCUGCAGGUGAAGCGUGGAGCAGCAGCGGCGGCUUCCCUGCAAUAUCUGAACCAGCUAAUGACGCUGCAGAGAGGAGUUGUCACGAGUUGUGUUCAGCUCUAAAACUUUAAGUCAUGCAAAAAUGUAAAGCACAUCAGUUGUAUGUUUAGCUUCUUUUUUUUUCCUUUUUAGAAGUGGAUUCAAAUGUUUUCUACGUGAUAACUACGUUAGACUGUAAAUGUGUAAAGAGUUCGAUUCCUCACCUGUCAUUCCUUCAGUAGCUGCUGCUGUGGAUGUCGUCCAGGACUUCACACGGCGCCCCCUGAUGCUGUCUUAAGUUAAAGAUUGUGGUCCAACAAUGUUAUCACAUUUUGGAAAAUUAUUCCAGAAACUUAAAAUAUGCAGCCUGAUUAAAUAUGCUUUUAUAAACGAACAAAUUAACUAAAAAUGAAAAAACAAAAAACAUUGUUGAAACUAAGUGUACCCUUGUAAAUUCUGUAUAGCUGCUCAGCAUCCGUUAAUGAAGCAGACACAUCUAUGAAUGCAAUAUUGUAUCUUUACCUCUGUUUACAAGUGUCUGGUCUGGCUUUGUGUUUUGAUCCAUCCACUUGAAUUGUAACAUUCCACAUUGUGUUGUCCUCAUCUUCACUGUAUUUCCUGACCUUUUUAUCUGUAGUUCAGAGACUUCUUCCAGAUCUGCAAAUAAAACUCGCGUCUCUGUUUA